AUGGCAUGUGACAAGGAUAAUGUACACACUGCUGUUAUUCUCCCUACCGCACUGGUGGAAAUUGAGGAUGCUCAAGGUCGCAAAGUUCUUGCCCGUUGUCUACUCGACUCGGGGUCCCAGAGCCAUUUCAUCACGAAGGCUCUUUGCGAGAAACUACAACUCCCACGUACACGUGCUUCUGUUCCUGUUCUAGUGUGUGGCUUAGGUCAAUCAACCACCAAGGCCACGCACUCCCUUACCGCCAAGGUAUCGUCAAGAGUUUCUCCGUACGUUGUGGAACCGCAACUUCUAGUUCUACCCUCUCUCGCCAUCAAGUUGCCAGGAUCAACAAUCAGUACACAGAAAUGGCAGAUUCCUGAAACAGUGCGUCUUGCUGAUCCAACUUUCCACGUGUCGAAUGACAUUGACCUAAUCUUAGGAGCUCAAUUCUUCUUCGAUACCCUCCGCUACGGUCGUAUCCAGCUUGGUGAGCAGUUGCCAGUUUUGCAGAAUUCUGUCCUCGGAUGGGUCGUGUCAGGUCCCUGCACCAUUCGAGACCACGAUCAUGCUGAUCCUCGUUCCUGCCUAAUGAGUAGUGCAGUUCGUGUAGAAGAAAUGCUUCGAAAGUUUUGGGAGCUGGAAACCGUCCAUGAUACCAAGGGUUGGUCAGCCACGGAUAAGUUUUGUGAGGAGCACUUCCUGGCCAACACCACACGGACGCCGGAAGGUCGAUACGUAGUCAGGCUACCAAAACGUGAAGAACUCAUCGCUCAGUUGGAUGAUAACAUGUACCAGGCCACUAGACGCUUCUAUUCGUUGGAACGUUCUCUCAUGUCGGAUGCACAGAAAAGGAAGCAGUAUCAUGAUUUCGUCACCCAAUACAUUGAAAUGGGGCACAUGCGUGAAGUUGCAGAAGAGGAACUGAACGUCAGACCACAGUUUAUCCUACCACAUCACGGGGUCUUGAAACCUGAGAGUACAACCACCAAACUCCGAACCGUGUUUGAUUCAUCCUGUAAAUCACGUUCGGGAUUGGCUCUUAACGACGUUAUGAUUCCUGGUCCCACAAUCCAGGAAAUGCUAGUGGAAAUAGUGCUACGAUUCCGAUUGUAUCGUUUCGUCGUGACCGCUGACAUUGAGAAGAUGUUCAGACAGAUUCUGGUCCAUCUCUUGGAUCAAUCGUUGCAGCGCAUAUUGUGGCGUGAUGACCCUGAACUCCGUUUGAAAGUGUACCAGUUACUCACCAUUACGUACGGUUUGAACAACUCGCCUUUCCUGGCAACUCGCGUUUUGCAACAGCUAUCCACAGACGAAGAACAGCGAUUCCCACACGCAGCAAGAAUUACUCGAAAGGAUUUUUAUGUGGAUAACCUCCUUACCGGUUCCAACGACGUGGAACAGCUGAAGCUGAUUGUGAACGAGAUGAUUGGGCUUCUAGCAGCCGGAGGAUUUCCUCUUCGACAAUGGUCUUCGAAUUGUCAAGACGUGCUGGAUGUCGUUCCAGAACACCUCCGAGAAACGCGUACGCUGCUAGAACUAGAUCGAGAUACCUCUGCUACCGCUCUUGGUCUACGCUGGGAACCCACCACCGAUCAACUGUCAUUCAAACCUCCAAAGUGGAGGGAUAGCCAGCCAAUCACUAAGAGAACCGUUCUGUCACAGAUGAGUAGCCUGUUUGACCCACUCGGGCUGCUAGGCCCAAAAGUUGUUCAUGCGAAGAUCAUAAUACAAGCCCUCUGGAAGUGUCAACUAGAAUGGGAUACACCGCUUGCAGUGAAGUUCGUGGAAGAAUGGACGUCGUAUCAGCGAGAUAUACGUCACCUAGAUGGUCUUCGCAUUCCGCGGUUGGUCAUGCUCUCACCGCACCAAAGGUUAGAAAUCCAUGGAUUCAGCGACGCCUCCCUGCAGGCAUAUGGAGCCUGCGUGUAUAUCAGGUCGGUCGACGCAAAAGGCCAAUGCUAUGUCCAAUUGCUAACGGCCAAGUCCCGUGUAGCUCCACUCAGUAGUAAGUCAAUUCCGAGAUUGGAGCUCUCCGCCGCGCUACUCCUAGCGCAUCUCCUGGCUCAAGUUCUAAAGAGCACCUCACUCGUGGCUCCAGUUUAUCUUUGGACAGAUUCGACCGUAACACUGGAUUGGAUCUCUGCUUCACCGUCGACCUGGAAGACUUUCGUCAGCAACAGAGUAGCAGAAAUUCAGGAGUUGACCGCUUCAGCCUCCUGGAAUCACAUACCCUCCGACGAAAACCCCGCUGACCUGUUGUCGAGAGGAACCAGCCUAGAGAAUCUAGUAGAAAAUACUCUAUGGUGGAAUGGACCUAUCUGGAUAAGAUCGUUAAGUGAACCGUGGCCGCCGAAUUACGUGUCGCGUAAACAGAAUCGUGAAGAUCCAGAAUUACGGAAAGUUGUGGCGCUGCCUGUCUUUACAGAGCCAGAAGACAUCAUCGAUCGCUAUUCAAGCCUAACCCCUCUCGUUCGCGUGUGCGCGUGGUGGCACCGUUUUCGUGAGAACACUCGUCGGGUGAAGAAUGAACGCGUAACCGGUCCGUUGUCGGCGUCGGAAAUCGAUCGUUCGUUCUGA